GUACUCUUCGUCUCCCUUGCCAGGGAAAGAAUCUAUUACGCUUCUGGCUCUCAGUUGCUCAGCCUGUCUUUAGAAAGAUGAGUUGGGCUGUACUUGUGCAGGCUGUAACUGGAUUAUAUCUUGCCACUAAACAUCACGGAGUAUAUGUCAAAAUACUGCAGCAGAUGAACGCCAGCAGGGAUCCUGAAGAGUUACAAGCAUGA